AUGGAUGUCGCCCCUUUAAGAAACGGGGGAAAUUAUUUUGACUACUUCCUGUGUGUAAAGGUCAUUACAGCUUCAGAAGCACCUCACAUCGAGGAAGAAGCAUCCAGCAUCAUCACAACAUUACAUUCUACAGCUGUAACAAUUAACUCAAUAUACCCAGUGAUACUGGCGAAUACAAAGUUCUCUAUUGACCUGUUGAAAACAGUCUGCAAGACAUCCAGUGUAUUGUUCUCACCUCUGAGCAUCUCCUCUGCAUUGGGCCUGGUUGUUCUGGGUGCCAAAGGUAAAACUGCAGAUCAAAUGAUGACGACUCUUCACUUUGGCCAGAUGAAGAUCAUGUACCAUGAUCUCUAUGAGGCGAUCAACAAAACGUCAGCCUUCAACAAACUGAUCCUGGCUAAUCGUUUGUAUGGAGAGAGAAGCUGUGAUUUUAAUGAUGAUUACCUUGACGAAUGUGAAGACUGGUGUUUUGGUGGCCUCAGAGUUGUUGACUUCCAAAACAAUCCUGAAGAUGCAAGAGUGAAAAUCAACAAUUGGGUGAAGAACAAGACUCAACAUAAAUUGGAAAGUCUGUUGGAUGCAGGUGAUGUGGAUAAGAACACAUUGCUUGUUCUUUUAAGCACCAUGUACAUUAAAGGUACCUGGCACACGCAAUUUGAUGCUAAAGACACAAAAGAAGCCCCGUUUUACACCAAUCAGGGUGAAAUCAAGACUGUGCAAAUGAUGAGUCAGACGGGUAAAUUUCCUUUGGCUACCAUUGAUGAAGCUGACUGCAGAAUUCUGGAACUCUUCUAUGAGCAAAAAGAUCUCAGCAUGUUCAUUCUACUCCCAAAUCAAAGAGAUCUAGAGAAGAUUGAAAGUCUAAUCACCUAUGAGAAGCUUCAAGAGUGGACUGAGGAGGACAAGUUUUUACCCACCGAAAUGCAAAUUUAUGUGCCCAAAAUGAGCAUGCAGGGCACGUUUGACCUGGAGAAGAUUCUCAGAAGUCUGGGAAUAACUGAUGCCUUUACUGAUAAGUGUGAUUUUUCUGGCAUGACAUCUAAACCAUUGAAACUGUCCAAAGUGGUGCACAAAUCUGGUAUUAACGUGAAUGAACAAGGCACAGAGGCAGAAGCGGGCAGCGGUGCACCAACCACACUGCUGAGGUCAAACAAGUUUGAUUCUACUUAUGGUCAACAAGUGAGUUUUGUGGCAGACCACCCCUUCCUUUUCUUCAUCCGCCACAAUGACACCAAGAGCAUCCUCUUCUGGGGCCGCUACUCUUCUCCGUAACCCAAUGAACUGGAAUCAAAGAGCAGGACAGAUUCUGGUGGUGUGGCAUAUAUAGUGAAACAAAAUUGGGCUGUUAUCAUUACUUAAGGUCAUAAUCGUGUAAUCUUUAUUGAUAUAAAUAAAAAAACCACAAUAUAUUCUUCAACAUUCCUGAUUGUCUUAUUCUCUAAGACCUUACAUAUUCAGCCAUAUCA